ACCAUUCUCAGCCGACGUCGACGUCGCCGCUUGAAUUUUCAUUACGCUGAAAAAACGUGUCGGUCGCGGUAGAUAAAUUGAAGCGUUUAUGUAUUGUUAAUAUAAAUAAGCAUAAAGCUUUUUACAUAUAUAAAUAAAUUGCAAAAAAUUUGCUGAAACAAAAGAAGCCGCCCCUAAAAAAACUAGGCAACAAAGUCUAACCAAAUAAAUAGUUCAACUAAAUCAAUCAAAAACUAGAGGGAAAAAUGUCUGUGAUUGGCAUCGAUUUCGGUAACGAGGGCUGCUAUGUAGCGGCAGCAAGGUCUGGCGGCAUCGAAACCUUGGCUAAUGACUACAGUCUGCGUGCAACGCCCUCCUUUGUGGCCUUCGAUGGCAAGAAGCGCAUCAUUGGCGUGGCGGCCAAGAACCAGCAGGUGACAAACAUGAAAAACACAGUUGGCGGUUUUAAGCGUCUGCUUGGCCGCAAAUUCAACGAUCCACAUGUACAACACGAACUCAAGAGCAUUCCAGCACGCGUUGAGGAGCGUAACGAUGGCAGCAUUGGCAUCAAAGUCAACUAUCUGAACGAGGAUCAGCACUUCUCCCCCGAACAACUGACUGCCAUGCUGUUCACCAAACUGAAGGAGACCUCGGCAUCGGCCAUGCAAACGCAGGUCAAUGACUGUGUCAUUGCCUGUCCCGUAUUCUUUACCAAUGCCGAGCGUCGUGCCCUCCUCGAUGCCGCCCAAAUCGCUGGCCUCAAUGUCCUUCGCCUGAUGAACGAGACGACGGCGACAGCGUUGGCCUAUGGCUUCUAUAAGAACGAUUUGUUCGAGGAUAAGCCACGCAAUGUGAUCUUUGUUGAUUUUGGCCAUUCGGCGCUGCAGGUCAGCGCUUGUGUCUUCACCAAGGGUAAACUGAAGAUGAUCGCCAGCAGCUGGGAUCAGAUUGGUGGGCGAGACUUUGAUCUGGCGUUGGCCGAAUACUUUAGCAAGGAGUUCCUCGAACGUUACAAGAUCAAUGCUAAGACCAAUGCACGCGCUAAUCUGCGUCUCUUGACUGAAAUUGAGAAGCUCAAGAAGCAGAUGUCGGCAAACAGCACCAAACUGCCAUUAAACAUUGAAUGCUUUUUGGAUGACAUCGAUGUCAGCUCAUCCAUGCAACGUUCACAAAUGGAGGAGCUUGUCGCUCCCGUCUUGGAACGUGUGGAGCAAACAUUCAGGAAGCUGUUGGCCGAAUCGAAGUGGUCCGUCGAUGACAUUGACUCGGUGGAAAUUGUGGGCGGCAGCACUCGCAUACCAUCGAUCAAGCAGCUCAUUGAGAAGGUAUUCAACAAGCCGGCGAGCACCACACUUAAUCAGGAUGAGGCUGUGUCCCGUGGCGCUGCCCUGCAAUGCGCGAUCAUGUCGCCGGCGGUGCGUGUCCGUGAAUUCGGUGUGACUGAUAUACAGAACUAUGCGGUCAAAGUACUUUGGGAUGCCGAAGGUUCAGCGUCGAAUGCCGAAGUUGAAAUCUUUCCCCAAUUCCAUGCAUCACCGUUCAGCCGUUUGGUGACAAUUGCGCGCAAGAGUCCGUUCAGCGCAUCCAUUGUUUAUGGCCAGCCUGUGCCGUAUCCGGAUCAAACCAUUGGUGUUUGGAAGAUCAAGGAUAUCAAACCAACGGAACGUGGUGAGAGUCAGGAAGUGAAACUGAAAGUGCGCAUCAAUCAAAAUGGUAUUGUGCUGAUUUCAUCGGCCACACUGGUCGACCGCAAGGAACUGGAAGAGGCUGCUGCCGCCACUGGAGAGCAGGCUGCUGGCGAGGAGAAGGCCACUGGUGAGCAGCCGGCUGCCAACUCUGGGGAGCAAGCGGAUGCUCAGCAGGAGGCAUAUUGUGAGAAUGAGGAUGAUAAUAAUACAUCAACAGCCUCAUCACCUGGCGGACAAGGGUGGGCACAGCGGGUCAAGGGCUGGUUUGGUUCGGGCAAUGAUAAGGCUAAGAAGAAGACCAUUAAGGCCGUUGAGCUGCCUAUGGAAAUAGUUACCCAUGGUUUCUAUCCAAAUGAGUUGGCCAACUAUUCGCAGCAGGAAGCUAAGAUGAUUGGCAAUGAUCAGAAGGAAACCGAGCGUAUUGAUGCCAAGAACGCAUUGGAGGAGUUUGUUUACGAUAUGCGUAACAAGUUGCAGGGUGGUCCUCUGGAGCGUUAUGUUGUUGAGGCCGAACGUGAAGCGAUUGUGGCGCAGCUGAAUGAUCUCGAGAACUGGCUGUAUGAGGAUGGCGAGGAUUGCGAGCGUGAGAUUUACACCAGUCGACUGUCGACACUGCAACAACAAACGGAUCCCAUCAAGCACCGUUCUCAGGACUUUGAGCAGUCUCCCGCUGCAUUCGAUGAACUGAAGAACAGCAUUGCAUUUGCACGCCAAGCUGUGGCAGAAUUCCGCAAGGGUGUGGCCAAGUACGACCAUCUGACGGAAACCGAAUUCAUUAACAUUGCCGAAACUGCGGACAAGGCGCAAAAAUGGCUGGAUACCAAUUUAGUCAAGUUCACGCAAGCACCACGCACUAGCGACAGUCCUGUGCAGACAUCAGCGGUGCGCCAGGAGGUGCAGACCCUGAAUGCCUGUGUUAAUUCGGUGAUUACACGCGCGAAACCGAAGCCAGCUGCCAAGACAACAACGACACCGCCCAAGGAUGCGCCCAAUGCAGAGCAAAAUGGUGGCGAGCCAAGUGCAGCCGGUGACAAAAUGGAUGUGGAUGGUAAUGCGCAGGCGGCCACCAAUGAUCCAUCUAUGGAUGUGGAGUGAGUUGUGCGCGUGCCGCGAUAUAUUUAAAUAUAAAUAUAUAUAUGUAUGGUAUUGGCUAACGAUAAACAAGAAGAACCGAUAGAUAAACUAUAAACAACAAAAAGAAACAAACAACAAAAUUAACUUAACGUAUACAAUGAAUAUGAAAGAACAACAACAAAUUGUAUAUGCACUUUUGCUUUUUUCAACGCAUCAGAAUCAAAGCAAACUGGCAAACUGUAAACAACAACCGAUGAAACUACAUGUGUAAGCGUAUAAUACAAAAUGAUUUGAUUAAGCAGGCACGAUUGACAGCGAUUGGCAGUGGCAGAGACACGGUAAAAGAAAAACACAGGCAGACAACAAGCUGCGUAAAUGCAACAAUUUCUGAAUAAUACAACAAACAAAACAAAACCAACCAUUUCUAAUCGACCAUUUUUUGCAUAUAGUUGAAUAACAAAGCGACACUAAAAAGAAUGGAAUUAAAAUAAUCAAAUAAAACAAUGAUGAUUCCAAAAAAGCAACAGCAAGUCUUUUCACUUAUUUUUCUGUUUAAUAUGCCUCUACGUGAGGUUGUUGGCGCACAGAGUGUUCAAACAAUAACAAGAGUUUUCCACGAAUUGGCCAUAAUAUUAAAUGAUAUAUACAUAUAUUCCUCGAUUCUAUACAGAUUUGUAUACAGCGUUGUAUGAAUGGCAGCAGCAUUUUCUGGGUUUUCAAUUGAGCACAAUAUUUAAUUGAUGAAGAUGUUUAUAAUCAUUUUGCAAAAGAUUAGCAUCCCAUAGAGGAUUCCAGCCCAGUUGUAAACAUUUAGAAAAUUAUCAUAUAAAAUAUAUUAUCAAUUUGGUAUUAGGUUAUGGUAUGUAGUUAUCUAUUGGGCUAAGGAAACAAUGUAGUAGAGUGCUGGUAAAGCAAAUCAAUAUUAGAUCACUAGAAAGCAAUACAAAACCCUAAAUCAAAGAAUCAAGUUGGACGACAACCCGAUUAGAAAAUGAAUUAAUAACUAACGAAUUUUCUAUAAAAAUAAAUCAGAAUUUAUGUGGGAAUUCUAAAUAAAAAUUAAUUGUAAGGUAUGAUUUUACAAUUCAAAAUGCAUCAAAAAAGAUACAAGAGUGGACAUAACAUAUGAAUAUAUUAUAUGUUAUGUCCUUUAAAAUGUAAUUACAUAACUUAACACAGAAAGAAUUAAAAUAUAAAUCCAAGGGUCUAUUACGAUCGGAAUACCGACUUGGAUAUUAGAAAGAGGUAUAAUUGGAACUCGUCGCUUCACACUUUUCUGAAUAUAUUUGCAAAUUUAUUUGCGCUUACACUAGCAAAUAUUUGAUGAUUUUCCAUAUAUACACUUUUCUAUACUAUACUAUGUGUACAGAAAAUUGUAUACACAAAGCGACGUAUAAAAGCCGGCAGAAUUUCGUUGCUUUUUCAGUUGAGUUUUCUCUGCGAAACGUAGCGAAAUAUUUGAUAUUCGAGAUUUUGGAAACAGAAAGUCUAUCAAGAUGAAGAUGUUUGUAAUUCUCUUACUGGGCUUGCAGGUGCUCUGGGCUACAGCAUCACCCACAACAGUUAACACAUUGGAGAUAUCUGCUGAUAAGAGCAGAGAAUGUAGUGCUUAUUGUGGAUCAGUUGCAAGGCAUCUGCAAGCAAACACAAUCACAAUCGAAAGCAAGGACACUCAGAUAAGGGAACUCGAAGCCAAGGUUGCUGAUCUAGAAGCUAAACUGGCGAGAAAGGGAACUUCAGAGGCAGCUCCGGUGGAAUCAACUGAUGACCUUGUGUCUAGUCUUCAUCAGAAAAUCGAUGCUAUAAGGAACAAGAUCAAAGAUAUUGGAAACAUCUACUCGGGAUCAGUGAACGUUAAGAAACCAGUUAGUGAAGAAAAUGUUGAAAAAUAAUCCAUAUAAGUUUUGGAACGAAUUUCAUUAUAAAUUAUAAUAAACGAUUUUGAACAUUAAAAA